AUGGAUGAUCGUUCAGGACGUUCAUUAGCAAAUUUUCCCACUCGAACAGGAAAUUUCCUACCACUUCCGGUUGCACGUAUGCGUACGGAAGAAUUGUGUAGCACAAGGAGUGAACCGGAUCUUCGACCGAUGGCACUUGAUGAUUUCUCCUGCCGAUGGUUUGUGGCGUUAUUUGAUUAUUCGCAUCAUAUGAGUCCAAAUGCAAAUGCACAACAAGAAGAACUUUCAUUUCGAAAACAUCAACUAAUUAAGGUUUUUGGUGAUGUUGAUCAGGAUGGUUUUUACACCGGACAAAUUGGUCAUCGUAUCGGACUUGUCCCAUCAAAUAUGGUUAUCGAAAUUGCAAAAGAUGAUUUAAUGCCACCUCAACGACGUCGUUCAGAUGCUGCUACAUCAUUGGAACCAUCAUUACGACGAAUGCGUUGGGGUUCAUUGAAGUCAAGAAGUUACGAUCAUGCUGGUGAUCGUCGACCAUCACGAAGCAGAAUGAUAGCAGUUGAUGGUGAUCAGUAUCCAUCUAUUGAUCGACGUGAUUAUUCGUUACCCAAUAGAUCAGCUGAUUAUUUUGGAACAUCAUUAAGGCGUAUACCUGUUGGAGAUUAUCGAUUAUUUCCUGCACGUAAUGAAUAUGGUGGUAGAGGUGGAACUGGUACUAUUGGUGAUGAAUAUGAUAUGUAUCCACCGAAUGGAAGGCACGCACGUGACUACUACAGUUAUACACGUGAUCAUAGGCCACGUGAAAUAACGGCUGAACGAGAUCGUAGAGAACAUUACAUAGAUGAAAGGGAUUUAUCGGAACGUGAAAGGGUUCCUGAAUUCUAUGAAACUGAAGGACCUCGAGAUCCUCGAGAUCCUAGAGAUAUGCGUGGUUAUCAUGAGAUACGUGAAGGUCGAGAUGCGCGGGAUUACCGUGAUUUCCGAGAUUCAAGAUAUCAGCGUGAACCAAGUAUGGCAAGAAGGGAACGCGAUUACUUGGAAGAACAUGACGAUCAAAAGAUGCGUAAUUACAGAGAUUCACGUGACUAUAGAGAACAACGUGAAGUAGCAGAGUAUCGUGAAAUGAGGAAGGAACGAGAAUCAGAUCAAAGUGUUAGGGAUGUAAGAAAUUAUGAUAGGAGGACUGAUUAUGGUAGACAUGAAAAAGGUCACGGAUUUAUGCGUGACUAUACAAUUUCAUCCGGUGCUACUCAAUCAUAUUAUCCAUCUGAUACUGUUACAGCUAUUGAAGAUUUAAGACAUGGUAGAAUGAAUGAUAAUAUAAUUGUGCGAAAAUUUGUAGCAAAAUUUGAUUAUGAUUCACGAGAAUUAAGUCCAAAUGUUGAUGCAGAACAGGUUGAAUUAUCAUUUCAUGCUGGUGAUGUUAUCACUGUAUACGGCGAAAUGGAUGAAGAUGGUUUCUUUAUGGGUGAAUUAAAUGGUAUUCGUGGUUUAGUUCCAUCAAAUUUUCUUCAUACUUCAUCACCAAAUUUAUUAAUGCCAACACCACAAAUGUCUCUUCAACAACAACAACAACAACAACAACAACAACAAGCCUCGCAAGCAGUGCCUCCAAUUACAAUUCCUAUUCCAGAGCAGCAACCGAAAUCGAAAGGUGUUGUUUUUCAAGAAAAUGCUAAAAAGUCAUUACCUGGCCGACAAAAUAGUCAAGUUUCAACAACAGGUAAGCCUAUUUCACAAGCAUCAAUGAAAUUGAAAAGUGGAACAGCAACAACUGGUACACAGAAGACAGUUUCAAAAAAGCCGAAUGAAGCUGGCACGAAAUUCACUGCUAAUGCCAGGAAAACAUCACAGACUGGUAAAAAAGAGGGUGCUGCCAAGGUAUUGUAA